CUCAUUGUUCUAUCUGUGCCACCACCGUAAUUCUGAGUCGUAGGCUAUGAAACAGGAAACGCACUGGAUAUGGUACAGUGUUUGUAUAAUAUAAAUCGUUUUGCAUUGCUCGGACAGCAAUAACGAACGAAUGCGGACAGACAGGUGAGACUGAGUGCAGCGAUGAUUCACGAAGGAAAUAUCCUGACUACUUAUAUCCUCUUCAUCUGAUGUUGAUGCUAUAAACGUCACUGGCGUGAUUUUCAAACUGGGGAAGCAGCAGUUAAUGCUUCACUUUGUUUAAUAUUCAGGCAGCGACAGAAUGAUAGAAGAACGCAGUAAACGAGGCACGGCCAUGGUGGAGAGGAGACAACUCUUCAUGGAGAUGAGGGGACAAAACUUUGACGUCAUCAGACUGUCAACCUAUAGGACGGCCUGCAAGCUAAGAUUCGUGCAGAAAAGAUGCAACCUGCACCUGGUGGAUGUGUGGAACAUGAUCGAGGCGUUCCGUGACAGCGGUUUGAACACACUGGACCACAACGCAGAGAUUAACGUGUCUAGACUGGAGACCAUCUUGUCCUCCAUCUACUACCAGCUCAACAAGCGUCUUCCCACCGUGCACCAGAUCAACGUAGAGCAGUCCAUCAGUCUGCUCCUCAACUUCAUGGUGGCUACAUAUGACAGUGAAGGCCACGGGAAGCUGAGCAUUUUCUCGAUGAAGGCAAUGUUGACGACUAUGUGUGGAGGGAAAAUAGUGGACAAACUACGUUGUAUCUUCUCCCAGAUCUCUGACUCUAAUGGUGUGAUGGCCUUUGCUAAGUUUGACCAGUUUCUUCGUGAAGUUCUGAAGCUGCCCACAGCUGUGUUCGAGGGCCCGUCGUUUGGAUACACAGAACACGCCGUACGGACAUGCUUCCCUCAGCAGAAGAAGAUCUUGCUGAACACGUUUUUGGACAUUUUGAUGGCAGACCCCCCCCCCCAGUGUCUCGUGUGGCUACCUCUCAUGCACCGACUCGCUAAUGUUGAAAAUGCCUUCCAUCCCGUGGAAUGUUCUUAUUGCCGGAGUGAAAGUAUGAUGGGGUUCCGUUACCGGUGCCAACAGUGCCAUGGCUACCAACUCUGUCAAAGCUGCUUUUGGCGUGGCCAUGCCAAUGGUCCCCAUAGCAACCAGCAUCAGAUGAAGGAGCACUCCUCUUGGAAGUCUCCAGCUAAAAAGCUAAGUCACGCCAUCAGUAAGUCUCUGGGCUGCGUCCCCAUUGGGGAGCUACCUCAUCCAGUGUUCCCUGAGCAGUUAGAGAAACCCCAGGACAGCGUGCCACACACUGUUCAGCCGAAGCCAGUAGCCAACAACAUGAACAACCCAAUGUUCAUGUCCUCUGGUGUACCUACUCCUACUCAAAGUGUCUUAGAGAGUCCCAGCAGGCUAGAAGAGGAGCAUCGUCUCAUUGCUCGCUAUGCAGCGCGCCUUGCAGCAGAGGCAGGCAACUCCACACUGAGUUGCUCCACACAAUGUCCUCCAACCGAUCUGAGUUUCAACUUCGAUGCCAACAAACAACAGAGGCAGCUAAUAGCAGAACUAGAAAACAAAAACAGAGAGAUCCUCCAGGAGAUCCAGAGGUUACGUCUGGAGCAUGAGCAGGCCUCCCAGCCCACCCCAGAGAAGGCCCAGCAAAACCCCACACUGCUGGCUGAACUCAGGCUCCUUAGGCACAGGAAGGAUGAGCUGGAGAGGCGCAUGUCAGCCCUACAGGAGAGCAGACGGGAACUGAUGGUCCAGCUAGAGGGACUGAUGAGGUUACUGAAGGCCCAGACAGGAGGCUCAACCCACUCCUCCCCCAGCCACGGGGCAGUCUGCUCCAUGCCCAUGCCGAUCCGCUCCACCUCAGCUGGGUCCACCCCCACCCACACACCCCAGGACUGCCUGGCCGGGUUGGGGGGCGACGUGCUGGAGGCCUUCGCUCAGGGUGUACCUAGAAAUCUUCGUAAUGAUCUGUUGGUCGCUGCAGAUUCAAUCACAAACACCAUGUCAUCACUUGUCAAAGAACUCCACUCAGUAGAUGAUGCUGCAGAGGAAGAGGACAACCAGAUGAGGAACGGAGGCCUAGGGGACAGGCGUGAGGAGGACAACCAGAUGAGGAACGGAGGCCUAGGGGACAGGCGUGAGGAGGACAACCAGAUGAGGAACGGAGGCCUAGGGGACAGGCGUGAGGAGGACAACCAGAUGAGGAACGGAGGCCCAAGGGACAGGGCAGAGGAUGAGGACAACCAGAUGAGGAACGGAGGCCCAAGGGACAGGGCAGAGGAUGAGGACAACCAGAUGAGGAACGGAGGCCCAAGGGACAGGGCAGAGGAUGAGGACAACCAGAUGAGGAACGGAGGCCCAAGGAACAGGGCAGAGGAUGAGGACAACCAGGUGAGGAAUGGAGGCCUAAGGCACAGGGCAGAGGAUGAGGACAACCAGGUGAGGAACAGAGGCCUAAGGGACAGGCCAGAGGAUGAGGACAACCAGGUGAGGAACAGAGGCCUAAGGGACAGGGCAGAGGAUGAGGACAACCAGGUGAGGAACGAAAGCCUAAGGCACAGGGCAGAGGAUGAGUACAACCAGGUGAGGAACAGAGGCCUAUGGGACAGGGCAGAGGAUGAGGACAAUCAGGUGAGGAAUGGAGGCUUAAGGGAUAGGAGGGGAAGCCUUGGCUCACUAUUAUCUUAUUAACACCGUUUUUUUCCUGUAUCAAGCUGUUUGGGAUUUUAAUUAGUAAUUUCUUAGAAACAACAUUCUAGAAUUCUAAUUGUUUGGACACACCUACCCAUUCAAGGGGUUUUCUUUAAUUUAUAUAUAAACUACAAAAUAACACACAUGCAAUCAUGUAGUAACCAGAAAAGUGUUAAACAAAUCAAAAUAUAUUUUUUAUUCUAUUUCAAAGUAGCCACCCUUUGCCUUGAUGACAGCUUUGCACACACUUGGCAUUCUCUCAACCAGCUUCACCUGGAAUGCUUUUCCAACAGUCUUGAAGGAGUUCCCAAAUAUGCUGAGCACUUGUUGGCUGCUUCACUCUGCGGUCCAACUCAUCCCAAACCAUCUCAAUUGGGUUGAGGUCAGGUGAUUGUGGAUGCUAGGACAUCUGAUGCAACACCAUCAGUCUCCUUCUUGGUCAAAUAGCCCUUACACAGCCUGGAGUUGUGUUUGGUCAUUGUUGGGUCACCAUUGUUGGGUCACUAUGAAUGAUAGUCCCACUAAGCGCAAACCAGAUGGGAUGUCAUAUCGCUGCAGGAUGCUGUGGUAGCCAUGCAAGUUAAGUGUGCCUUGAAUUCUAAAUAAAUCACUGACAGUGUCACCAGCAAAGCACCCCACACCAUCACACCUCCUCCUCCUUGCUUCACGGUGGGAACCACACAUGCAGAGAUAAUCCGUUCACCUACUCUGCAUCUCACAAAGACACAGCGGUUCGAACCAAAAACUUCAAAUAUGGACUCGAUAGAUUUCUACCUGUCUAAUGUCCAUUGCUCGUGUUUCUUGGCUCAAGCAAUUCUCUUAUUAUUAUUGGUGUCCUUUAGUAGCGGUUUCUUUGCAGACAUUUGACCAUGAAGGCCUGAUUUACUCAGUCUCCUCUGUUGAUGUUGAGAUGUGUCUGUUACUUGAACUCUGAAGCAUUUAUUUGGCCUGCACUUUCUGAGGCUGAUAACUCUAAUGAACUUAUCCUCUGCAGCAGCGGUAACUCUGGGUCUUCCUUUCCUCUGGCGUUGCUCAUGAGAGCCAGCUUCAUCAUAGCGCUUGAUGGUUAUCGACUGCCCUUGAAAAACUUUAAAAGUUGUGGAAAUUUUCCACAUUGACUGACCUUCAUGUCUUAAAAUAAUGAUGGACUGUUGUUUCUCUAUGCUUAUUUUAGCUGUUCUCAUAAUAUGGACUUGGUCUUAUACCAAAUAGGGCUAUCUUCUGUAUACCACCCUUACCUUGUCACAACACAACAACUGAUUGGCUCAAACCCAUUAAGAAGGAAAGAAAUUCCACCAAUUAACUUUUCUCAAGGCACACCUGUUAAUUGAAAUGCAUUCCAGGUGACUACCUCAUGAAUCUGGUUGAGAGAAUGCGAAGAGAGUGUAUCAAGGCAAGGGGUGGCUACUUUGAAGAAUCUCAAAUGUAAAACAUAUUUUGAUUUAACACUUUUUUGGUUACUACAUGAUUCCAUAUGUGUUAUUUCAUUAUUCUACGUGUAGAAAAUAGUCAAAAUGUAAGGGGAAAACCCUUGAAAGAGUAGGUGUGUCCACACUUUUGACUGGUACUGAGUAUUAGACUUUUAUGUUACUGCAAAUAAAAUAACAUUUUUCACUUUUUCAAGACGAUGCAGAAUGAAAAGAAAAGUAUGAAUAUUCCUAUACUUUUAAUAUUGUUUGUAUAUCAUCGCAUAGUCAUUAAUGAGUCAUUCACAAUGUAAAUCAACAAAUCUCUCAAUGACCUAUAAACAUAAUAGGAACAGGAACUUUUUCAGUCCCACUUGUUCAUCAAAAUCCCAAAUCCUUAAUCUGUGAAUAUUUAUAGUUAUGUUGUGCCCCAGUCGAAAACCUCCCCAUCUGUCU